AUGCAGGAGGCGCGCGACACGGCGAACGGCGUCGGUGUCGCAGUAGCAGAGCAAAGCAGAAGCUCUGGCCCCGACAACGAUGCCUCGCGCAGGUACUCGGACUCCCACACGACGCCAUGCCUGAGCGAUGGGAGCAGCAGCAUCGUUCAGUGGCUGUUGGAAGUCGACGCCGCGCGGGGCGAGGACACCCCGGCGGACAUGGAGCAGGAGGAAUUCCUCACCUUCUUUAAGGGACGCUCCCAACGGGGAAGCACGCCCAUGGCGUCAGCCGACGCUGUCACCGCUGUGCCGCUCUGCGGGGAGGAGGAGGAGCCGCCGCGGACGAGGUCCGCCGUGCGACCUUCGCCGCAGCUCACCUCCAGCGCGGGGUGCCACAGCAAGCCUAGGUGGGAGGCCUUUUCGAGCUUGCCGCAUACCGACAGGUCGUCGAUGCAAGGCGAAACCUCCGCCUCACGGCUAAACGGCGGCGGUUUUAUGAUGCUGACGGCUGCCGCAGCGGUGGUGACCACCGAUGGCCACUGCAGUUACUCCUCCGGGUUUGGGCCGCAGCCGCAGCCGCAACCGCAGCCGCAACCGCAGCCGUGCCAUCGCCAGCAAUCACCGCUGGCGCUGCCGGCAUCGUUUGGGCGCGGCUUUCUGCAGCAUGCGACCAACGGAAACAGCAGCAGCUGCAGCAUGCCUGACCUCUCGCUGCCGCCCUCACUGGGCACAGGCGGCCGCAUGACUCUCUCAGGGACCCCAGGGAAACGAUCCGGCAACCGUGAGCCCGCCAGCGCCAACGCCGUUCUCCUGGAGCCGGCCUGUGGCGGGAGUGACACCACCACGCCACUGCGGCAACGCAUACUUCCGGUGGCCGACCGCCUUAGACAGCCGCCCUCUGCCCCCCACCACCACCGACGCUGCCGGGAUGUGGGCAUCCAAUUUUGCCGCAAUGGAGCCACAAACCCCCAAACUGGGUCGCUGCAGAAGCUGCGACUCAACAACCCGCCUAAGUUGUGCCCUCCACAUGCAGCCAGGCUCCAAUUGCUCGCCACGGGGUGCGACACCACCACCACCACCACCAACAACAACAACAACAACACCGCGCCCUCUCCCGCCAGCCCCACGACAGGGGAGGCGAAGGGCCCGCGCCAGUAG